AUGGCUACACCCAGCGAUAAAGCUACUGAAGAAGUGAUAAAGAAAAAUCUAGAAUCAGGCCAACAAGAACAACAGCAACAACAACAACAACAACAACAACAGCAGCAGCAACAACAACAACAACAACAACAACAACAAAAUACAUCCAAUUCAAAACAACAACCUUCCCAUCUGCAAUGUGCCCCUCAAGAAGAACCACAACAAUAUCAGCAAGUAUUUGAACAAUUCCAACAACUGCUCAGACAACUUAAACAGCAAUAUCCUAAACAACUUGAACAAUUUUCAAUGCUGUGCUAUCUGAUGGAGCAGAUGCGCAAAGAAGAAUAUCCACAAGGCUUUCUACAACUUUAUAGCCGACUCCUACAACUAAUAGAACAAAUUAAACAACAAUAUCCAAGAAAUUUUCUGAAUUUACAACAUCCAUUAUAUCAGCAAGAGCAACUAUACUUGUCCCAACAACUACAAACAGUUUUUCAUCAAACUAUCGCCACCUGCAACUCACUAUCACAAGAAUUUAACCACAGCUUCAACAACAACAAUUUAAACUCCUGCAACAACAAUUACUUUUGCAACAACAACUUCAACAACUACUUUGUAUACAACAAGAGAAAAUUCUGCAGCAGUUUCAACAGUCGCAACUCACAGUUCCACCGCAACAACCUUCAAAACAGAAGACUCUUCGACUACCAGCUAGUUAUUUCUGCGGACGGACUUCAGAAUCACUUGAAGCUAGCAUAG